AUGAAAAUAUUAGAAUAUUUAAAAGACUUUGACAUUUUCUCUGAGUCUAUUUAGUUCAACGCUAAUACAUAAAGGUUAAGAAAAAGGACUGUUUUAGGUGCAAUUUUAACAAUAUCAAUUAUCAUAAUAACUCUCAUUUAUUUUGUGUAUUAAUCCAACCAAUAUUUUACUGGAUAGAUGGAUCCCAAAUUCAGAUAGCAAAAUUUCCUUCCUGGCUAGGUUAGCAUUGAUUUAAACAAUGAAAUGUUUGGUUUUGAUUUUAUUUCUCUUUCUUCAGGAUAAUACAUAAGUUAACUAUAGGCCCAAUAAAAUAAAACGUAUUUUAUUUAUAAAGCAAUUUUUUAAUAUACUAAUUCAAGUAGUAACACCAAUAAUUCAUAUGUACCUUUAGAUAUAAUUUAAUGCUAAAGGUAAGAAUUGUAAGGUAUGAGCUGCUUUGAUUUUAGUAAAUUAUCUAAUCCUUAGCUAGUUAUAAACACCCAUCAAAAUAUUUUUUCUUACAUAAUAUUAUAUGUUUAUAAAUGCUAAGUUGUUGAUUAUAUUAAAACUGAAAUUCCAGAUAAUUGUGCUGAAAAAUAAACAAUAGAUUAGUUAAUUAACUUUUCUCCCUAUAGACUCCUACUAAAAACAUAAAUUUCUUAAUUUAACAUAACUACAAGUAAAAUUGAGUAGUAAUAUAAAAGUUAAAUAUUGGCAAAUACUGCUAAAUCUCUCACGUAUAAUGAGUUCAGAAUUCAAAACUAAGUUACUUCAGUGUAGUAAGGUCUUUUAACUUAGCAUUAAUAAAUUUUUUAAUCCCCAUCAGCAUACUCAUUCAUCACUUAUUCCUAUGAUGGUAGCACAUUUGCUUAAGAGACUGGCGUUAAUUCUUUAAGUUAAAUUGUACUUGGUGCAGAAGAAAGUUAAACCUACAUUAAUAUACAAUUUCCAAUUUUUACAGAAGUUUUAGCACUUUGUAAUAGUACAUUAGCAAUUUUACUGCUUUUAGGCUCGUUUUGUAGGAAAUUAGCAUAAAAAUUUAUUAGAAGAGACAUUUUUUUGAUCAUAAUGAAGGACUUCUUUUCAGGAACAUAUUUAAAGAUUAUGUAGCAUAAUAAAAUUGUCAAUCCCAAUAAUUAAACAUAAUAAAAUGAAAUAGUCCAUGAUGAAUAGGUUGAAGAAAAAUUAAAUAGUAAUUAUGAUGAAGACAAUAAAAAAGACAUAUUUAUUCCAUCUUUAUCACCAAAAUCGUCCAAAAAAUUAUUUUAAUAACAGCUAAGCAAUGAUACAUAAAAUACAUGUUAAUACUAAGUGUUAGAAGAGUUACAAACUAAAGUCUAAAAACCAGAUGAUUUUUUAGAAUCAUUAAGAAUUAAUUAAGACAACAUAAUAAACAAUUAAACCAACUUAGGCAAAUAAUCAGAUUAUUAGAUUAGACUAAAUUUAAAUAAGUCUGAUCAAAAUUAAAAAAAAUAUGCGCAAAGUGGAAUUAGAAAUAUUUAAUAAUAACAAUAAUUCUAAUUUUUUAUGAAAGAUUCUAGUAAAAAGCUUGUAAACGGAGUGUCUUUAACCCCUAAAAGCUUAAACAGAAAAAAAAAAAUGAGUUAAUCAAAUUAAUUAGAAACUUAGGAAAGAGAGACUAAGAAUAUUAAAAAAUAAAAUGAGGAAGUAAAUCAAAUAUUUUCAAAUUUGAAUGAUAAAUCAGUUCAUCUAAAGCUUGAAUAGACGCUAUUUUAAUUUAAGUUGUGUAAGAAAAAAGAGUUUUAAUAAUCUAAAGGAUUGAAAUAAUAGAUUAUUAGUGAAAUUGACUAGCGAGUAGAUGAAAGUUUAGAUUAUUAUUCAUUUUAUAAAGAAAUUUUGUUAUUGAAGAAAGCUAUUAUGAUGAUUUUAAAUAAAUAAUAACUGGCUGCAUUAUAAGUAAUUGGGAUUGAUAUUGAAAGGCAGAGUAAAAAUUAGGAAAAUUCAAAGAGGAAUUAUUUAUCAGAGGAAGCAACUGAAAAUCACUUCAAGGAGCAGUAUGAAAUUCUUUAAUCAAAAGAAUUAUAAUUAUAAAAUAUUCAUGAUUUUUUAAAAAAAUGUGAGUAUAAUAGAUCAAAUUUGGAUAAUAUUGACAAAAGAAUAUUAUCUUCUUUAUUAAUUUAUUAGUAAAAUUGA